AGCGUACAUUUUUUCGUCGUUGUUCGUUAAUACAUUCGUGGCUCUUAUCAUGCGCAAUGUUCAUCAUAUAAUUUAUUAAAUUAUUAGGUCGAGGAAAUUACCUCAUUGACUUGAUUGAGUUUGUUUAUUAUUCUGCUCUGUCAUUUCAAUUGAUUCUAUUCUCUCUCACACUAAUUUCGCGGGGAGAGUAACAUGGACGGUAAUAAAGAUGAAGCAGAACGUUGUGUCGAACUUGCUGAACGUUAUCUACGAGAAAAAAAAUUUGAAGAUGCGGAGAAAUUCAUACGUAAAGCACAAAAACUUUAUCCAACGCAAAAAACAGAAGAUUUAUUAACAAAAGUUACAUCUCUAUUAAAACAAAAUGUGAAAACUGAAUCAGAACCUACCGUUAGAAAGAGACAUACUACUAAUAAAGAAAGUUCUCAAGCCCAGAAUAGCGUUGAAUAUACAAAAGAUCAAUUUGAAGCUGUAAAAAGAAUUAAAAAAUGUAAAGAUUAUUAUGAAAUUUUGGGAGUAAGUAAAGAUGCAACAGAUAGCGAUAUUAAAAAAGCUUAUAAAAAGCUAGCACUUCAGUUACAUCCUGACAAGAACAAAGCUCCAGGAGCUGCAGAAUCAUUUAAAGCCAUUGGAAAUGCUGUCGCUAUUCUUACGGAUGUUGAAAAACGGAAACAAUAUGAUCUGUAUGGUCCUGAAGAGGAACGAUUACAAAGUAGUCAAGCUCGUCAAAAUUAUACCCAUUAUAAUUACACACGUGGUUUUGAAGCUGAUAUAACAGCAGAAGAAUUAUUUAAUAUGUUCUUUGGCGGAGGGAUACCUCAGCAAGAAUUUUAUAUGAGACGUACAGGUGGUAGAUGGAUGAGGCAGCAAGAAACACAAGCUCAAAAUGCUCAUUCUCAGCAAGCAAAUGGAUAUACUACAUUUGUCCAAUCAUUACUUCUUUUGUUGUUAAUAUUGAUAUCUAUGAUGAGCAGUUUUUUUAUAUCAGAUCCUUUAUAUAGUCUACAUCCUAGUGCCAAAUAUUCUAUAGCAAGAAAAACCCAACAAUUGAAAAUACCAUAUUACGUCAAGGAAAACUUUCAUAACGAAUAUCAAGGCAGUUUGCACAGAUUAGAAAUAUCGGUUCAAGAAGAAUAUUUAUUAAACUUGAGACAAGCAUGUUAUAGGGAAAGAAAUUAUAAGGACGCACUGUUAUGGAAGGCUCGUAGUUUUCAAGAUCAAGAAAUGUUUCUUAAAGCUAAAAACAUUGAUACACCUUCUUGUAAAAAAUUACAAGAAUUACAAGAAGUUUCAUAGCAUAUUCAUGUAACUCAUUAAAAUUGUGUUGUAGAUAGAUGUAUAUUAUAUUCACGCGUGCAUAUUUAUUUUGAGUGUGACGCAGGACGUUGAGUUAUAUGUUCGUAUCUACUGUCAUACAUCGCGCGCCUUGCAUAGCCUGUCAUUAAUAAUAUGGACCAUGCAUGAUGUUUGAUCCGUAUCUAAAUUGUUAAUUGUUUGCUAGAAGAUAAAAUUUGAAUAGCCCAUUUAAUGGUAAUUCCACUAGUAAAAUGAUAUUGAAUUUAUAUUAUGCAAUUAGAUGAGAUAAAUUUAGCUUUUUUUAGAUUGAUCGUAUCAGUCAAGUAAUCAUAAAAGUUAUUUAUUUUCGUAGAUUGAACGAUGUUCUUUACGACUCGGAAAUUGUUCAUAUAAUCUUAAAUUUUUUAAUAAACAUCAAAAAUUCUUAAUUUUUU